CUCUUCGCCUAUAAGAAUGAGUCUUUUGGACUCGAAACGCAUUUGUGUGUUUGAUUGGCGGCGGACAAACAAGUUGAUGUGCCCUGGACACCACCGAGAGCGAGACUUGGUCCGUUGUGGUGCGUGUUGUGGAGUUUGACAAAAGGGAAUCCAAGUGCCAAAUUGGGUACAACCAAAAAGGGAGAACAUAAGACUGCUGGUGUGCUUCACCCACAACAAAUGUGUAAAUAGUUUAACCAAUUAACAUGGAACUGCUGCACAUAACAUUAUGUGCACUUUUGUUUCUUCUCACACCGACCGAAGAAAGAGUCGCUAACAAAAUAAAUGUGAGGACGAAACGAGAUCACAUACCUCCAUUAAGCGUACCCACAUUUAGGAGAGACGAUGUUGAAAAAACCCCCACGUGGUCCGAAAUUUCGGACCGAAGUGCCGCCUACAUAAAUCGAGAUCUGUAUGGCACUAGAUCCUUACCACUGCGUACAGCUGUUGAAAGAAUUCCAGAUUUAAUUGAAGACUCUAGAAGACUCCCUUUGAGAGACGCGGUAGAGAAAAGACCACCUCCUGACGAACCCGCAGACGACACUGAAGAGUUGCUCGAUCUUAACAACUACGAUGUUAACUACGAGUUCAAAAACCACGAUGUGUACUACUAUCCACCACGACAAACCCUGUAUACCCCUUUUCAGUACUUUCGAGACUUAAUUCGAGACCAGUACGUCUCUUCUCCGUACGCAUCCCCAUACAGGAUCGACAAUGACUCUCAAGAACUCCUCAAGUACCCGUCGUUCGCCAGAGGGAGAAGCCUCUACUCCAAUAACCCUUUUUUAAGAGGGAGACACUCAGAAAUCGUCGAAACCGUUUACGACCCUCGCGAUGAAGACAGAGUUGUUUGCUACGUCCGAGCUGCUGCCUCUUACCGUAAAGAACCUCUGGCCUUUAGUCCGGAAGAUUUAGACCCGUUUGCGUGCACUCACGUCAUCUACGCCUUUGCUACCAUAGAUCCGCACAACUUCAACAUGAUUUCUAACGACGAUGAGUUCGACAUCGUACAAGGGGGAUAUCGAUCGGUUGCAGGCCUGAAAAGAAUUAACCCGAGACUUAAAGUCCUGAUCUCAGUAGGGGAAGGUCGCCAGGAUGGGUCCCACCGAUUCAGUACCAUGGUUUCUAGCGCCAACCGACGACGAGACUUUAUACGAUCAGCGAUCAGUUUAAUCAAACAGUACAACUUCGACGGUAUGGACAUCCACUGGGAGUAUCCAGGAGCUGAAGAGUUCGGUGGACGUUUGAGCGACAAAGAGUUCCUCAACCUUUUCCUAGAAGAACUCUCCGAGAUUUUCAAAGCUAGAGGGUGGUUACUCUCGAUUGCAGUACCCGCGUCUAGAUUUAGAAUUGAAGAUGGAUUUAUACCCCAAAAAUUAGGAAGCCUGGUGGAUUUCGUCAACUUACAAGCGUUUGAUUUCCACAGGGAAAGAGAACCAGUGGCUGACCAUCACUCUAAUCUUUAUUCCAGACCACACGACACCGGCUUGGACCUUUUCCUCAGUGUGGACUACGCUGUCAAAUUCUGGAUCAAAAAAGGCCUCCCGAAAUCAAAAAUCGUCCUCGGGAUUCCUUUCUUCGGCCGCUCGUUCACCCUCCAAUACACCAACGAAACUCAAGAAGGAGCCCCAAUUAAAGGUCCUGGACGUGAAGGCUUCUACACCCAAAACCCCGGUUUUCUUGCCUUUUUUGAAAUCUGCGAUAUGAUUUUAAACGAAGGGUGGCAUAAAGGUACCGAUGAGUCUGGGUCUCCAUUCAUGGUCUAUGGUGACCAAUGGGUGGGUUACGACGACGCUGAAAGCAUCGAAAGGAAGGUCAAUUACGUGCAAGAUAUGAAUCUGGGAGGUGUCUUUGUUUGGGCUGCUGACUUGGAUGACUUUAAAGGCGUUUGUGGGUUGAAGUGGCCUCUUUUGACCACCAUUAAUCGACAUCUUAGAGGGAAUGAGUUAUUGCCGAUGGAAGAAAGUACGUUACCACCGACGAAACCAUACGGGACUUGUCGGUCGGAUGGGUUGUUUAGCGAUCCGAGAAAUUGUGCUGCGUACUAUAUUUGCAGAUCCGGGUUUAGCUAUCAUUUGAGUUGUGCAGAAAAAAUGAUGUUUGAUCCUGCGAGCGGGAGAUGCGAGUUUAAUUUAGGUGAGAAGUGUCGACCAGGGGAGGUCGUUCAUCUUCCUAACCUUGUGAGGACUUUUGAUGAUAGUCUUGUAAAAGCUGAACAUUUAAAAGACGAUAAACCGAAGGUGGUUUGUUACAUGACGAAUUGGGCUUUCUAUAGAAAAGCCGAAGGAAAGUUCGUCCCAGAACACAUCGAUCAACGGCUUUGUACCCACGUAGUGUACGCUUUUGCAAGCUUGGAUCCCGAUAAGCUUCUUUUGAAAGAGUUCGACCCCUGGGCUGAUCUCGACAACAAUCUUUACGAACGAGUCACCUCUUUGAAAGAUACAAAAGUCAUUUUAUCUUUGGGCGGAUGGACUGACUCGGCUGGUGAUAAGUACUCUCGAUUGGUUGGUGAUGGUUCUGCAAGACGUCGAUUUGUUAUUGGUGUUGUCAGCUUUUUGCGUCGACAUCAUUUUAAAGGUUUACACCUCGACUGGAAUUAUCCCGUGUGUUGGCAAAGUAACUGCAAGAAAGGGGCAACGUCUGAUAAACCAAACUUCACCAAACUCAUUCAGGAACUGCGGCAAGAGUUUGAUAAACAAAAUCCUCCGUUUAUACUGGCAGCAGCAAUUUCUGGUUACAAAGAAGUAAUCGAUGUAGCGUAUGACUUGGCGUCUAUUGGUAAAGCUUUAGACUUUCUGUCUGUGAUGACAUAUGACUACCAUGGAGCGUGGGAGCGGCAAACGGGACACGUGAGUCCUCUUUAUCACCGUCAAGGUGAUAAAUACCCACAGUACAACACUAACUUCACUAUGGAAUAUUUGGUGUCGCGCGGUGCCCCUAGAGAAAAACUUCUAGUCGGAAUACCUUUCUACGGCCAAACUUUUACCUUAUCGAAAACUACCAACCACGACCAAGGGGCUUUAACAGCUGGUCCUGGUGAAGCCGGUGAAUACACCAAACAACCAGGAAUGUUGGCCUACUACGAAAUUUGUAACAGAAUUAGAAACCAGCGCUGGAUCGUCAACCGUGACACUUCAGGUGCUUCCGGACCUUACGCUUACCACGUCGAACAGUGGGUUGGUUUCGAAGACGUCAAAUCAGUGAAAGAGAAAGCAAACUAUAUUAAAACUAGAGGUUUUGGAGGAGCAGUUGCAUGGACUAUCGAUUUGGACGACUUUUCCAAUCGGUGCUGCGGUGGUUCUUACCCUCUUCUGCGAAGCUUGAAUAGAGGUCUUGGUUUAAUUCCCGACACUCCGUCCAGGGAAGAUUGUACUAAACCACCACAACCUGUCACUCCUGCUCCGCCCCAAACCACCACUGGUGUGGAUACUGGUGCGUCUGGUAGCACAGAACACAUGCACCCUGAAUGGAAACCAACAACCACACCUUCGACAACCACAAGUCCCUGGUGGACAACCGGUUCGACGACUCCGUGGUGGACUACAACAACUAAGAGAUCGACAACAACGAGAAGAACAACAACAACACGAACAACCACCAGACGAACAACUACAACGAGGAGAACUACAACAACGCGACCAUCGACAACGACAACGACGACGUCGUGGCCUCCUACCCAAGGAACAACUAUUCCGCCUCCAGCUGUGGUCAUGCCCGAAGUUGAUAAACCGUCACAACCUUGCGAUCCAGGUCAAUACUUACCAGAUCCCAAUAACUGCAAUGCGUACUACAGGUGCGUCCUUGGGGAACUGCGUAAACAAUAUUGUGCUGGAGGGCUCCACUGGAACAAAGAUCGCAAAAUCUGUGAUUGGCCUAAGGAAGCCAAUUGUCAAGAAAAUAAGCCUGUUCAUAAACCAACAACGCCAUGGUGGCAGUCAACCACAACGACAAAACCGCCGUACAAACCUCAAAGUACUACGAGUCACUGGCAGACGAAAACAACUACUACUAGCACUACUGAAAGAGUUACUAGUACCACUACUGGUACUACUGCUUCUCAAAUUGUCGAAGAAAAGUGUAAAGAUGGCCAGUAUUACCCUCACGAGUCUUGUUCUAACUUCUACGUGUGUGUUAACGGACAACUGGUACCUCAGAGUUGUGCACCUGGACUGUAUUACAAUUCAGAUCAGGGCAUGUGUGAUUGGAAGUACAAAGUUAAUUGUAUAGGACGUAAAGAAUUAGCUCAGAUGUAUCAGAUUCCAAGAAUGAGCUACUCAGGCCAACCCCAACCUUACUCUGAUUGUAGUGGUAAUAGAUUUGCCCCACAUCCUGGUGACUGUGCCAAGUACUUACAAUGUAACUUGGGCAAAUUUGAAAGCUAUAGAUGCGCACCUGGUUUACACUGGAAUAAUGAAAGAUACCUUUGCGACUGGCCUGCUAACGCAAAAUGCACUGGUACUAGCAGUAUUAGCGAAGACCAUAUUGUAACCACAAAUAAACCAUUGGUUGUAACCACAAAUAAACCAGUGCCAACUUCCACUCAGUCGACGACUUCCUGGACUUGGAAUCCUUCCACUAGUAGUACUACCGGGUACCCUGAGUGGCAACCCACUGAGUGGCAUCCACCUAUUCCACCGACUUCCGAGCAACCACCACUUCCAGAACCUCUAAAACCACAAUCCGGCUACUUCAAAGUCGUUUGUUACUUCACCAACUGGGCUUGGUACAGGAAAGGAGUGGGACGAUAUCUUCCAGAGGAUAUAGACCCGGAACUCUGUACCCACAUCGUCUACGGUUUCGCUGUCCUAGAUUUCGAAAAUUUGAUAGUGAAAGCACACGAUUCCUGGGCGGACUUUGACAACCAAUUCUAUAAACGCGUCACGGCCUACAAGUCCAAAGGUGUCAAAGUGUCACUUGCCAUCGGCGGCUGGAACGACUCACAAGGUGAUAAAUACUCCAGACUCGUGAACAACCCAGCAGCUAGAGCCCGUUUCAUUAAACAUGUUCUCGAAUUUUUGGAAAAAUGGGACUUCGAUGGUUUGGAUCUCGACUGGGAAUACCCGAAAUGUUGGCAGGUGGAUUGUAAGAAAGGUCCCGACUCAGAUAAACAAGCGUUUGCCGCUUGGGUCACCGAACUCAGACAAGCCUUUAAACCUAAAGGCUACCUUCUAUCAGCUGCCGUCACACCUAGCAAGACUGUGAUAGACGCGGGUUACGAUGUUCGCACGAUUGGUGAAAAUCUAGAUUGGGUUGCCGUGAUGACAUACGACUUCCAUGGACAAUGGGACAAACAAACCGGCCACGUGGCACCUUUGUAUUACCAUCCGGAUGAUGCUGUAGCCUUCUAUAAUGCUAACUACUCCAUUCACUACUGGAUUUCCGAAGGUGUACCUCGUAGGAAGAUCGUCAUGGGUAUGCCUCUUUACGGUCAGUCCUUCCGUUUGGAAAAAGCGUCCAACAAUGGUCUCAACGCCAAAGCUCCUGGGCCUGGACAAGCUGGUGAAUACACACGAGCUGCCGGCUUCUUAGCCUACUACGAAAUCUGUCACAACAUCAAGAAUGGUUGGACGGUGGUACAAGAUCCGAAGAGACGAAUGGGUCCGUACGCUUACAAAGGCGACCAAUGGGUUUCGUUCGACGAUAAAGAAAUGAUAAAACUUAAGUCUGAGUACAUAAGGAAAAUGGAUUUGGGUGGUGGUAUGAUCUGGGCUCUGGAUUUGGACGAUUUCCAUAAUCGAUGUGGAGAAGGACGGCAUCCACUUCUAACCAUCAUCAGAAAUACGUUAGCUGAUGCGGGAACUGGGCAACAGGAGCCGAUUCCUUCCAUUGAGGAAGAAAGCAAACCUUCAGAGCCAGGAACAUCAUCACCAGAACCUGUUGAAGCGGAAGGAGAACCAGAAUUACCACCAACUAUUCAUUCUUCGACGGUGGUACCAGCCCCAACGCACUCUACGACUGAAUCCUUAGUCAAUACUAAUUCUGACUUCAAAGUGGUUUGUUACUUUACGAACUGGGCUUGGUACAGACAGGGUUCUGGUAAAUACUUACCGUCAGAUAUAGACCCAGAUUUGUGCACCCAUAUUGUUUACGGUUUUGCUGUUCUCAACGGCGAUCAACUAAUCAUUAAGCCGCAUGAUACUUGGGCGGACUUUGACAACAAGUUCUACGAGAAAGUGACUGCUUUCAAAGCUAAGGGAAUCAAGGUGCUUAUCGCCAUCGGUGGAUGGAACGACUCUGCAGGCGAUAAGUACUCCAAACUUGUCAACAACCCAUCGGCUCGUCGUCGUUUCAUUGCCCACGUCGUUGACUUCAUCGAAACCAACAACUUCGAUGGUUUAGAUUUGGAUUGGGAGUACCCGAAGUGUUGGCAAGUUGACUGCAACAAAGGUCCAGCUUCAGAUAAAGGCGCUUUUGCUGAAUUCGUCAAAGAACUACACGAAGCUUUCCUUCCCAAAGGGUGGCUCUUAUCAGCUGCAGUAUCGCCAAGUCGACGAGUAGUAGAUGCUGGGUAUGAUGUACCUACUCUAUCUAGGUAUCUGGACUGGAUUGCAGUCAUGUGUUACGACUACCACGGUCAAUGGGACAAGAUUACUGGACACGUAGCUCCUAUGUAUGACCAUCCUGAUGACGUAGAUGCCUCCUUCAACACAAACUUCACGAUUCACUACUGGAUUGAGCAAGGGGCAGACCGUAAGAAAAUCGUGAUGGGUAUGCCUAUGUAUGGGCAGUCGUUCUCGUUGGCUGAUAAUAGCGAAAAUGGCUUGAACGCACCCACUUACGGUGGUGGCGAGGCUGGAGAAGAAACCAGAGCUAGAGGAUUCCUGUCUUAUUAUGAAAUCUGCACCAACGUUAUCAACAAAGGAUGGACGGUGGUAAGAGACAGAAAAGGAAGAAUCGGUCCCUACGCCUACUUGCGCGACCAGUGGGUAUCAUUUGAUGACAUAGGCAUGAUACGCCACAAAUCCGAAUACAUUAAAGCGAUGGGACUCGGUGGUGGUAUGAUUUGGGCUCUAGAUUUAGACGACUUCAGAAACCUGUGCGGCUGUGAAGAGUACCCACUGUUACGUACCAUCAACAGGGUACUAAGAGAUUACGCUAAACCCGAUCCUAAAUGUAUUUUGGGCAAAACUCAAGCCAAACCGACCCAAAAACCUACAAAGAAACCAGUAACUCAAAAACCUACAACUCAGUCGCCGUACGAAUCACAAGAACCGAUUCUACCUCCAGAGAAGUUACCCUGUCAAGGACGAUUAUUCGUGGCUGACGACGAAAACUGUAGCCAGUACUAUUUAUGUAACCAAGGGCAGCUUCAGCUUCAAGUGUGUCCGAAUGGAUUGUAUUGGAAUCGGGACCACUGUGACUGGCCUGAGAACACGCCUUGUCACCCCGACGCCAGUAGUACCAUGGCACCUUCCACAACACCGACUCCAGUUACGGAAGCACCAGACGAAGUGACUGAAAGUCCGGUAGUCCCAGUACCACCAUCAACUCAAAAACCCGUUGGUGGUACCGAUGUGAGUGGAGACGAUUACAAAGUGGUUUGUUAUUUCACGAACUGGGCUUGGUACCGACAAGGUGAUGGCAAAUAUCUGCCACAAGACAUCGAUGCGACCCUCUGCACCCACAUUAACUACGGUUUCGCAGUUUUAGACACGAAUUCUCUUACUUUGAAACCUCACGAUUCGUGGGCUGACAUCGAUAAUGAAUUCUACAAGAAAGUGGUCGCUUUUAAAGCUAGAGGAAUUAAAGUACUUAUUGCUUUAGGCGGUUGGAACGACUCUGCUGGCAAUAAGUACUCUCGUCUAGUCAACAAUCCUCAAGCUAGAGCUAAAUUUAUAGCCCACGUAGUCGAGUUUAUUGAACAGUGGGGCUUCGAUGGUUUAGACCUCGACUGGGAGUACCCGAAAUGUUGGCAAGUGGACUGCAACAAAGGUCCUGCUUCCGAUAAACAAAACUUCGCUGCUUUAGUACGAGAACUGAGCGAGGUUUUCAAACCCAAAGGUUUGCUCUUAUCGGCGGCGGUGUCACCUAGUAAGGCUGUGAUUGACGAUGGAUAUGAUGUUCCUACACUCUCGCAGUACAUGGACUGGAUUGCUGUAAUGACGUACGACUUCCAUGGUCACUGGGACAAACAAACUGGACAUGUAGCACCGCUUUACUACUAUCCGGGAGAUGUUUACGACUAUUUCAAUGCCAAUUUCUCCCUGAACUACUGGAUCGAGAAAGGCGCUUCACCGUCGAAGCUUGUUAUGGGAAUGCCACUCUAUGGACAAAGCUUCAGUCUAGCGGACACUGCUGAUCGUGGAUUAAACGCAAAAUCGUAUGGUCCUGGAGAAGCAGGAGAAUUUACGAGAGCCGGAGGGUUCCUAGCCUUCUACGAAAUUUGUGAAAGAGUGAAAAAGAGGUCGUGGACGGUGACCAGGGAUCCUCAAGGACGUAUAGGUCCUUACGCGUACAUGUCAAACCAGUGGGUGUCCUAUGACGAUAUUGCCGACAUCAGAAGGAAGUCGCGCCUGGUCAAAGACCUGCGUUUGGGCGGUGGCAUGAUCUGGGCUUUGGACUUGGAUGACUUUAGAAACAGGUGCGGUUGUGGUAAACACCCACUUUUGAAGACUCUCAACAACGAACUGAGAGGAACGCCGUCUGAUAUUAGUGUGCUCAAUUGUACUUAAGUUAGUUAGGUUAAGUAAGCUUGUGAUGCUUAAGUUGAUGGAAAUAUUUUUCUUCUUUGUGUCGUGCGAAGAUACGAUGGAAAGGAUAUGAGAAUAUUUUGAUUCCUAUGAUUUUAAGUUAACUGUAAUAAAUAAAAAAGUGAUUUAA